AUGAAAAUUAAUUCACAUCCUGAAAAAAAAUUAGAAGGAAUACUAAAACAGGAAAUUUUGUUUAAAAGUGCUAAAAAAAUGAUGAAAGAAUUAAGUAAUAUUGUUCUUAGAAUAUAAAUUAGAGAGAGACAUUCAAGGCCUACCAAGUAUGGAUUAUGAAGAAAGUUCAGCUAAUUUAUAUAAUUUUAUUGUACAUCGAAAAGGUGAAAAUACAACAAAUUACUGUACUAAAGCUCAUCCUUUGAAGAGGACAUAUAGAACUCUAUCAUUUGAAUUAAUAAAAGCAAAGAUAUCAGAAACAAAGGUUAAACAUUUACGCUUUGGAAGUAGGGAAGGAAAAAGAAUACAAAAUAGAAACAUAUAACAAAUUAGAAGAAGAAGUUGUUGUUGUUCUGAUUGUGGACAUGAUAAUACUAAAAUCAUACACUUGAUGUACAAAGGUGCAACUUGUCAUCGUUAAGUAGAAUAAGCACAUUAAUUAAAGAAAAAAAGGGAUUUUGCAGAGGAUGCUUUUCGUUUUUGUAAAUAUUACAAUAAUUUGUUUAAGCAUAAAAGAUUGCAAAAAAAAUGAUUCUCAUAAAAAAUAAAUUGUCUUCUAAAACUAUUUUAUUCAGAAAACGCUGUAAUUCUUGUGAUACUCGAUUAUCAAAAGAUAUACUUCUUUAACAUAAAUAAAUGGCUAUGUAGAUAUCUUUAAGAAAAGAAACUCAUUCUAAAACAUAAAUUAGACAUACAGUAUUUAUGAAAAGAUAAUAAACCAUUAAUGAUAAGUUAUUGCUAAUACCAAUUAAGAAUCUUAAAGUGGUUUAAGAAAUACAAUAGCCAAUUAAAACUCUUCCAACUCAGCCUAGUAAUACAUCUUCAAAAAUAUUAAAAAAGAAAAAUUUUAAUCGGACAUAUGUUCCAGUAAAUCGUACUAUUCUACCUUAAGUGAGUCCCUCUAAAUUUACGAUAAAUAAAAAUAAAUCUAUAGAUUAUUAAUUGAAAUCUUAAAUUAGAUAAUAAGUUAAGGAACUAAAUAAACCUCUUAAUGAAACUAAAAAAAAUUCAAUAGUGAGUUUAUCAAAUCCAUAUCGUAAUAUCUCUCAAUUAGAUUACUUGUUGAAGGUAAGAAGAAGACAAUUAAAUUAUUGA